AUGUUGAAGCUCCUAGUGGCUAAUUAUCUGUCUAAAGCCAGCAAGGAAGACUCAGAAGCAGAAUUUGAAGUCAGAGCUGCCGGAAGCCAGUGUUUGCUCUUUGGGAAGAAGGAGAGGGCUCGUGCUAAGCAGACAGCACGCAAGUCAAUGGCCAGGAAGGUGACCUGCAAACAGUUGGCCACCAAGGCACCCUGCCAGAGCACACCAGCCACGGGUGGCAUGAAGAAGCCACACUGCUUCCGGUCAGACACCUUGGCGCUGCGUGAGAUCCGCCAGCUGCAGGUCCAGCUGCUGGUGCACGAGAUCACGCAGAACUUCAAGACCGACCUGCGCUCUCAGAGUUGGGCCAUCAUGGCACUGCAGGAGGCAUGGGAGACCUACCUGGUGGGGCUCUUCAAGGACACCAGCCUCUGCGCAUUCCUCACCAAACGCAUCACCAUUAUGCCCAAGCUGGCAUAUCGCAUCCGUGGAGAGAGAGCAUAA